AUGCGCUGUACAGCAGCGCUAUGGAAGGAAUAUGAAGCACAACGUCAACAUUUUCAAAUUGAAUUUGCUAAACAAUUACGCGCAAAUAUGACUGCAUUGAUUGGAAAUGUUGAGCAUGCAGAUGUUUUAUUGGUUGCAGCAGAUGGUAAUAAACUUCCUGCACAUCAGUGCAUCCUAAGACAACGAGCCCCAGGCUUUUUUAAAACAUAUAUUGAGCCAACUCUUAAGGCUUCAUCACAUAAUGUUACCACUAAUACUACCCAUGGUAUACUUGAAGUUGCAAUUGGUGAUAUCGAUUUUGCUGGUCUUAAAUUUUUUAUAAGAGCUGUGUAUACGGAAGAUGAAGCAUUACAGCUACCUGCAAGUGGUAUCAUUGACCAGGAUCUACCUGCUGGGCAUGUUGACCAUGACAAAGAUGGUAAUGAAUUGCAUCACACCUACAAUUUGGAUGAGUCAAAUGAAUUUAUGCACAUAGGUACGCAAUGCUUACCACAGGUUAAUGAUGAAUUGGAAUUAUCAAAAGGUAAUAAUGAAAGAUGGGAUGAUUCAUUGGAACAACCAUCAUCUGUUGCUACCAUAUCCAGUCAACAUCGUUUGGUUAAUACGGUAAAUGUGGCAACAGAAAAUAUUGGUCGAUUACGAGAAAUGACAUCAUUUCAAGAGUUAGCUGCUGUGGAUUCGCCGAUGUGUACCUCAUUAUCAUCAUCAGAAUUACGCGGAAGCUGUGCAACAUCAAUGCGGGAAGAUUCCAGUGAACGUCCAUUGAAAGAGUACACACCUAGUCCAUCAUUUAUCUGCGUGAAUAAAUUCGCUGAAACAAGUAAUAUUAGUUGUACAUCCACUAAUGAAAGUACUUCGAUGGAGUAUGUGACAUCUGCGCAAAAGAAACAUAUGUUUCAAAUGUUUGUCGGCCUAGAAGGUGAUACCGAUCCUGAAAUGUGGCACAGUGCUCCAGGACCAGAAGGUAUUCGUAAUCGGGCAAUAAUGGCCAAGCGUUUAUCUAUGACAUCGUUAAAUUCGUUGACAUCUAUUGAUUUAACACCUAAUCAAGAGGUGUUUAUGUCUACAGCGGAUAAAAAACCCUCAUGUAAAUUAGCAGCAGAUCUUUUAAAUAUGUACCUCAAUAAUAUUGAUACAGAUGUUGUUAUCAAGACUGAUAAUGGAGAGCUGUUCGCACAUCGGUGCAUUUUAUCGGCUACUUGUCCAUAUUUCAAAGAUCAUUUAGUAAAUCGUCAAUAUGAGUGCAUCGAAUUGAAGGGAUACUCUCGAACUGCAGUUCAUUAUUUCAUAUCAUUUUUAUAUGGUGGCUUGACAUCAGUUGGUGAAGAUGUAGAUAUUUGGGAACUUAUUUCAUUAGCUACUCAUUUAAAUAUGGAAAGUCUUACACAAAUUAUUAUACUUCAUUUUCGAGCUACCAAAUGUCAUUUCUUUCAUCGUCCAUGUGCUACCUGUGUAUCAGCAAUAUUUGACGCUCUUCCACAAUUUAAUGCAAUACGUUCUUUACAAUCUCUCUACAAAGAGGCUUUAUCAUGGCAAGCAAAACAUUUUUCACGUAUUUGGAAAGGACGCGUAUUUAUGCAUUUAAAUCCACGUUGGCAAAAAGAAUGUUUUGAAGCAAUUGUACAAGAACUUGAUGAAGAGUCAUUAAUUGAUGUAUUAUUGGGCUGUCAAAGACUUCAGGUAUCAUUACCACGAUCAAAAUCAAGUGCUGCAGUUGCAGCAGCAGUGCAAUAUUUGGUAAAUGAUCUUAUUGAAUACACUCAGGAAUUUUUAUUGCAAUCAUUUGAUCUUGUCAUUGCAUCACAUUCUUUUAAAUCUCAUGGUAAAGGUUUGGCACUAAAUUUAAUAGUAUUAGAAGAUAUAUUACCACCAGUGAUACAUGCAUUAUCAGCUGAUAUUGCAAUACAAACAUACCUAAAUCUUGGUGAUUUGCUAAAAACUAUUAUCAGCCAACAAUCAACAUACAAAAAUUCUGUACGACAAAUUGAUCACGAUGAGUGGAAUCCACGAUUUAUAGCAUUAAUACGACGUUUAUAUGAUUUAACUGAUAAGCAUUUGUUACAUUAUGCAGCAUCUGUUGUAAAAGCUAAAACAUGGAAUUUAUUAAGUGUUGAAGAGCAGUAUCGCAUACAAGAACAUGGUUUAUUUGUGGAAAUGCGUGAAGCAAGAGCACCACCACCAAAACUUUCUAGCUUAAAUAAGAUUUAUAAACGAUCGUCCAGCGCUGGUGUUACAGUAACAAAUGCUACUAAUUAUAAGGAGAGAACACGUUCUUUGGAUCGUUCACGGCCAUUUUCAUUGUGUGAAAAGGUAGUGGAAGAACGUGAACCACAUGAAUCACAAUGCAUCAUCGAUUCAAUGAAAGAGAAAAUACAUAGAAGAACACAUAGUAUGAAGGAACGCACAAAUCAUUCAAUAUCACAUCAGAUGGAUCAAAAUUUGGGUGUAAAUUUGAGUAAAACGAAAAUUCCACGUCGAAAAGAACAAACUACAGAGAGUAAAGCAAAUGCUAAACGAUAUGGGAUAGCUGCUUCAAUGAAUCAUUCAGCAGAAAAAGACAAUAGCAAUCUUAAGUCUUUUGGGCGUCAGAAAACACAUACAGUGAUCGCAACAACACAAAAUCAAAUGGAUUUACCAAGUAUUGAUACAACGCCACAUCUGUUAUCUGAAAAGAUGAAAAAUAAGCCAAAAUCAGUUGUGAGGCCAAUGUUAAAACAAAGCCAAACUCAUAACACAUCCGAAUCAGUGAUAAGAAGACCUAAUAGUGCAUUAACUCAUGGAACACAGAAAAAAGUAAAACAUACAAGAGGUAAUUCGGAAUCACCUGCAAAUAUGUCACAACAUCGCAUAAUAUCACCUAUUACUAAAUUAUCGCUUUCAUCAAAAGUAUCAUCAAUGCGAAUUCGUACUGAAAAUCAAAUUGCAACAACUUCAAUAUCCAAUAAUAAUUCAUCAAUUACAACUGAGAAAUUAAAACGACGUCCCAUUGAUUUUAGAAAAAAGGAGCAGUCCAAAUCACAACAACAACAACAACAAAAACAGCAAAAGAGUUCGAUGAAUUUAUCGCAUAAUUUGAGUAUCAAUCAAAAGAUCACUUCGCAAGUAUAG